UGACGCACGCGUUGUGUACGUGUACACACACUGAUCUGGACUGCGGCCUGUGCGUGCGGCGCGUUGAUUCGUGUGCGUCUGAGGAGCUGAAGGCUGCCGUUUUGCUUUUAUUUUUAUCAUGGCGAGAUACAUGCGACCUCCAAACACGUCUCUGUUCAUCAGAAACAUCUCCGAUGACAGCAGGCCUGAGGAUUUGCGUCGUGAGUUUGGUCGUUACGGACCUAUAGUAGAUGUCUACGUUCCUGUUGACUUCUAUUCACGGCGACCAAGAGGAUUUGCAUAUGUACAGUUCGAGGACGUUCGUGACGCGGAGGACGCGCUGCAUAACCUGGACAGGAAGUGGAUCUGUGGACGGCAGAUCGAGAUCCAGUUCGCUCAAGGAGACAGGAAGACUGCCGGUCAGAUGAAAUCCAAAGAGAAGCGCUCUCCUCGCAGCGACUCGCGGUACGAUGACUCUGAGCGCGACGGCCAGCGCAGACGCUCACGCAGCCGCAGUUACGGCAGAAGCAGAUCUCACAGUCCUUCAUACGAACGCCGCGCGCGCAGAUCAGCAAGCCCUACAGACUCUCGGUGGCGCGGCAGACACCGGAGGAGCAGAAGUCGUGAGAAGCACAGGUGAAGCUCAGUGCAUCCCCAACAAGAGGCUGCCAGUUUCUCUUUUUAAAGGUUUAUUGCACCCAAAGAUUAAAAUUCAUGGUGCUAAAACAAUAAUGCAUGAACGGAUGAUUUUCCUCGGUGGAAACGGACAGUAAAUCCGUAAAACAAAAUUUUAUUUUUAUAUAUAAAAAAAAAACCAC